UACAACAGUGUAAUGCAUUUGUUUAUGCAACACAGCUGACGUGAGGCAGGCUGACCGGGGAUAGCAUUAAAAAGGCUGGCCUGUUACUGAUUUGUUUAUUGGCACAGACUUACAAGUCGAUUUUCGGACAAAGCUAAUCUUGAAGUUCUUUAGCACAGAGUUCUGUCAAUUCUUUGAGUGCAGGCUGCAUUAAUGUGUCAUCAGGGAGGUAUGCAUAAUGUAUGUCAGUGGUUAGCAUAGAACAGAUGGGUCAGGUACUGUGGAGGCUGCCUCCCAGACAACAGCAGCAGCUACAGGAAGAGCUAGCCGACCACCUAGCUGACCGUGGAGGAGGAAGACGAGAGCAAGGGAGAGAUGGUGGUCCUCAGAGAAGAGCUCCACAGCACUGCUAUGGCCCCGACAUCUACCAUCUGCUGAGAACACGCAGAGGAGGUAAAGAACAACAUGGUUUUAUAGAUUUAGAGAUGCUGCCACCUGAAUUAGGUAUCACAAUACUGUCGUACCUGAAUGCUACUGAUCUGUGCCUGGCCGGCUGUGUGUGGCAAGACCUGGGAAAUGAUGAAUAUUUAUGGCAGGGAUUAUGCAAGUCCACAUGGGGACACUGCUCCAUCUAUAACAGAAGAUUACCUGCUGGUUUCUCAUAUAGAAGGCUAUACCUACAACUGGAUGAAGGCAGCCUGACAUUCAAUGCUAACCCACAGGAGGGUAUCAGUUAUUUCAUGUCUAAAGGUAUACUGGUGGAUCAUCCGACUGAGCUGGCUAAGUUCAUUUUCUACACCAGACGUCUCAACUGGAAGAUGCUGAGGAUUUACCUGGAUGAAAGGCGGGAUGUCUUGGACGAGUUGGUGACCCUACAUAACUUCAGUAACCAGUUCCUCCCGAACGCACUGCGGGAUUUCUUCAGACACAUCCACGCUCCAGAGGAGAGGGGAGAGUAUCUGGAAACCCUCAUCACCAAGUUCAGCCAUAGGUUUUGCGCCUGUAACCCUGGCCUUGUCCGAGAGCUGGGUCUCAGUCCAGAUGCUGUGUACGUGCUGUGCUACAGUCUGAUCCUACUGUCCAUUGACCUCACCAGCCCACACGUGAAAAACAAAAUGUCAAAGAGGGAGUUUAUCAGGAACACUCGGAGAGCAGCACAUAAUGUUUCGGACGACUUCGUAGGCCACCUCUAUGAUAACAUAUACCUGAUUGGCCACGUGGCUGCAUAGCUCCACCGACCAGCUGUCCAUACUGCACUGAAGAAUAGGAGCUGGUGAUUGAGUUCCUACAAGUGUCUGGAAAUUAUGGAACACUGCAAAAAUGGAUUUGAACAAUUUCCACAUCCUACAAGGAAAAUAAGUAAAUCUUUCUGGGAAGAUUAGAAAAACUAAUAAAAUUUGCCACUCCACUGUGAGAAAGACUGUGCUACCAAAUAUUAGUAAUGUUAUUAGAGUUUAAUCAAAGGUGUGAAACAUCUGGAAUGUCUUUCAAACUAAGUCACUGCAAAAAAAAAAAAAAAAAAAAAAGACAAGCUCUGAUACUGCACUGAUGGACAGGGACUACUGACCGGUGGAGGGAGGAGGAGCGCUGCCCUCAGCCUGAUUCCGAUCACAGGACAGUUGUGCUGAUUUCCUAUUGGCCACGAGCUGGUUUUUGUACAUCAGCAGGACAAAGCCUGGCCCAUUCUUGCUGGCAGUGACAUGGGACAGUAGAAUGAGGCUCACACAAGUUCACUCUCUAAUGUCACGAUAUAAUGUUGCAACAUUGGAGAUCUUCUUUAAAUCAAAUUAACUUCAUACAUUAUCUGGUGGUAACAACUGACGUGGUUGUCUGGCUCAGAUCAGUUUGGGAGUGAAUGGAAGAAGAACACAACACUGGGCUUCAUGCAAAACAAUUUUCACAUCCAUCCAUCAUCUGUACACCACUUUAUCCUCUGUAGGGUCACGGGGGGCUGGAGUCUGUCCCACCUGACUUAGGGUGAAGACGGGGGACACCUGGACAGGUCACCAGUCGAUAAUAGGGCUGCAUAUAGAGGCAGACAACCAAACACACUCACAUUCGCACCUAUGGAAAAUUUAGAGUUACCAGUUAACCUCAGCAUGUUUUUAGAAUGCAGAAGGAGGCCAGAGUACCUGGAGAAAACCCACACAUGCACUGGGAGAACAUGCAGACUCCACGCAGAAAGACCUCAUGUGAAGAUUUAAACCCUAAUUGUUUUUAUUUUGUUAAUUUUUUGCUCUUUUGUCAUUUUCAUAAAUUGCACAUUUAAGCCAGAUUAAUUGUCACUUGUUCAAAAGUGAGAUUGUAGUAAUGGGAUUUGAUCAUUAUCAUGGCUACAGGGUUGCCAUGUAGGGCUGCCCGUUCUGCUUCACUGUAGAAGAACUUCAUACUACAUUUCUGUCAGAAAUGAAACAAAAACAUAACAAAUUGCCCAAAAGCUACGAGGCAAAUUUUUAAUAACCACUGAACUAUGUAAGUUCCUGAAAAUGGUCAAAGUAUUUUAGUCAGUCUGAAUUUUUUUUUUAUUCAUAUGAAUAGUUCUUGCAUGAAGCCCACUGUCUUGAUUGGCAUACUGUGAAAUUAUUUAACACACAUGUAAAUCCUAAAAACUGCUUAGAUCCGAAAUGGAAUGCUUUUACUAGAUGGACACUCAACAGUGUUCUGGAUCAUACCUAAAUUUAAUACAUUCUUCCUUUGACCACGCUCCACAUCUUCAUCAAGUUGAAUGAAAUUCUUACUAGUUUUACUGACAGACAAACAAAUAGCACUUAGAACUUUGACAGAGUUAAAAAAAAAAAUCUAAAGGUCGCACGGUUAAAGCCAAGUGAAAACGUACAAUUUGCAGUUAGUUAAAUGAAGUUAAAAAUGAAUGUGUGAAGAGUUUCCUCUGUGUGACCUUAGGGAGGUGUAUCAUAACACUCGAUAACAGAGACAGAGAUGGACCUGACUUGAAAUCUGCCAUAAUUUGCAAGGAAAUGACUCAAAGACAGAAAAUGUUAAGUGAAGAAAUGAAUGUAAUGCAAUGGAAGGACAAAACUGUGGAUGACAGUGUGGUAUAUGAGGUUCAUGAAGUUCUUGUGUUUCGUUAAUUAUAUUGCCAUUUGUCAUAUUUUUGCACAAUACACACAUAUUUACCCCAUUUACAACAUAUUUAGUUUUAGUUCCUGUGGUAAUAGGCUUCCACUCCACUCUGCUGUUGCUGCCAUGACAUAAUAGCAUCCGUCAUUUUUUAAUUCGAUGUGAAUUUUUACAAUAACUAAUACCAUAACUGCUGGGGAUGCCGUUUGUCUAAGGUAGUUUCAUCUUUCCAAAAAUGAAUGAGAAGAGAUAAGAAACUCAAGCUUCAUUCAGUUUUCUAUUUAUGCUAACAGAGCACAUCUUGGAAAAAUGAGCAAUUAUUCUAGCAGUGUGCUUAGCAGUGUGGUAAAGUAAUUAGUGACAAAUUUAAAAUGACGGAUAACGUUUGUCAGUGCAAUGUCAAUAUAUGAGCUGUUUUCAAUGGAAUUUUGAAUGAGUGGAAGCCUAUUACACCUGGAAGACAGCACUACAGUAGAGACAAUGUGUUUUUAGACUGGCAAAUAUAUACAGAAUAUAUUGCAGCAGCAGACAAUUGUAAAAGCCAAUCUGGAGAAAUGGAAGUCUAAAAUCUAAUCUUACAUCAGGAUGUAUUGAUGACGUCCGACAUUCAAGUACACGAAAGAUUUCCAGCUGUUGGAUUUUUAAAGUAAACCGGUCUAACAAUGAUGCCCAUCAGGCUUGAGUGAAGCAUGAUAGUAACUCUGCUAGUAGCUUCUACCAACGAGUGCCAGCAGCUAGCAUGUAGCCGCAGCUAACAGUGAAGUAUCACAGUGCCCACUGAAUGUAACCAUAGAAGGUGACACAGACAGUUUUCCAUUUAAACUCUUUUUUUGUGUUAUAGUGUGUUGUAAUACAACCAACAUUUAUUUAUUGUUUUUACUGUUUUCUGUCCAGGUAAAUCUCUUAAUUAGGUUGUAAAUCUGACCACAGCUGAAGUCAUUUAAUUGAAGUUUUAUUACUGUUGAAUUAGAACUAGGACUUUGAUGUUUACCUUGAAUUAUGAAGUAAAUCCACCUUCUGUGGUGUGAUUUUAUUUUAUUUUAUUUCCUUUCUGGUUACUAGAAGUCUAUAACAGACAAAAUGCACUAAGAAAUCGUAUUUGACUUAUUAAAUCUGGCCUUGAUUUUA